AUGGCACAGAACGGCAAGGCUAUCCUCCCCGAGGGCCACUUCCUCUUCACCUCCGAGUCAGUCGGAGAGGGUCACCCAGACAAGAUCUGUGACCAGGUCUCGGAUGCCAUCCUCGAUGCCUGCCUUGCCCAGGACCCCAACUCCAAGGUCGCCUGCGAGACUGCCUCCAAGACUGGUAUGAUCAUGGUCUUCGGUGAGAUUACCACCAAGGCUCAGCUCGACUACCAGAAGAUCAUCCGUAACACCAUCAAGGAGGCAAAGGCUAGUUAUGUCGGCUCAUCAGUCUCUCCCACCCUCAUGCCCGCAGAGAUUGGCUACGACGACUCGGAGAAGGGCUUCGACUACAAGACGUGCAACGUCCUCGUCGCCAUUGAGCAGCAGUCGCCCGACAUCGCCCAGGGUCUUGACCACGGUGACAUUGAGAACCACGGUGCCGGAGACCAGGGCAUCAUGUUCGGCUACGCUACCGACGAGACCCCCGAGCUCAUGCCCCUCACCCUCUCUCUCGCCCACAAGCUCAAUGCUGCCCUCGCCGUCGCUCGCCGCAACGGCACUCUCGGCUGGCUCCGCCCUGACUCUAAGACUCAGGUCACCGUCGAGUACAAGAAGGACGGUGGUGCCCUCAUCCCCGUCCGCGUCGACACCGUCGUCGUCUCGACGCAGCACGCCGAGGAGAUUUCGACUGAGGAGCUCCGCAAGCAAGUCCUCGAGAAGGUCGUUAAGCAGGUCAUCCCUGCCAAGUACAUUGACGAGCGCACCGUCUACCACAUCCAGCCCUCUGGCCGUUUCGUCAUUGGUGGUCCCCAGGGUGAUGCCGGUCUCACUGGCCGUAAGAUCAUCGUCGACACUUACGGUGGUUGGGGUGCCCACGGUGGUGGUGCUUUCUCCGGCAAGGACUUCUCCAAGGUCGACCGAUCGGGUGCUUACAUCAACCGUCUCAUCGCCAAGUCCAUUGUCGCUUCUGGCCUCGCUCGCCGUGUCCUCGUCCAGUCGGCCUACGCCAUCGGUGUCGCUCGCCCCGUCGGUCUCUUCGUCGAGACCUACGGCACCUCGAAGCACUCGGACUCUGACCUCGUCAACCUCAUCGAGAAGAACUUCGACUUGCGUCCCGGAGUCAUGGUCAAGACCCUCGACCUCCAGAAGCCCAUCUACCGCAAGACGGCUGCUUACGGUCACUUCGGUCACGACGACUACUCGUGGGAGAAGCCCGUCUCUCUCAAGUUCUAA